AUGUUACAGUGGUGGGCCGGCCACCUAGGACAAGGCAGUUUGGCCUGGGGGUUUGGGGGCAGAAGCAGAGCUGGAACGGGAACGGCUCCUCCGCGGAACAAUGUCUUGCAAGCACACUGGGAAGCCAAGGAGCCGUCUUCCGACCGUGACGCUGAGAAGCCAGACAUUGGAGAGGAAGACGGGGACGAGCUGGACACCACACCUGCGCGUGUGCGAGAGCAGCUACUCUCCAGCCUCCAGGUCUCUGAGGAGGAUGUCGGGAGGCUGCUGAAGAUGCCGCAGCGCUACCCCGAUGGCCGGGCACAUCCGAGCUGGAUCGCUGCACGAAGGAACAGAGUGACUGCCUCCCGCUUCGCAGCGGCCUGCUCUGCACCUGGCGCGCGAAGCAACCGAAAGGUGGUGGUUGCCGACAUGCUCGCCCUGCCCGAGGGCCGGGCCACGCAGGCAACACGCUUCGGUGUGCAGCACGAGGAUGUCGCCAGAGAGGCUUACAUCUCCUGGCGCAGGGCGGAAGCCUCCGAGUCUGCCUGCGAACUGGAUCUCCAAGUCGAAGCACUAGGGCUUUGCGUGUGGCUGCAAGAACCAUGGCUCGCCGGCUCGCCUGAUGGGCUGUGCAUCCUCCAAGGGAAGCCGGAGGGGCUCUUGGAGAUCAAGACCGCCAAGGAGUGGAACGGAGUCUUCCAAAGCGAGGAUCUCCCGAUGGAUUGGAAGUACCAAGUCCAUGGCUGCAUGCGCAUGGCUGCUGCCGCGUUGGGAACUGCAAUUCCCUGGUGCGAUGUUUUCUUCUGGACUCCUGCGGAGCAGACCUGUCGGCGAGAGUUUUUCGAUGCCGAACUUUGGGAGAAGGCCAUGUUCCCGUCUUUGAGGCACUUCUACUUCAAUGUGUUCUUGCCACAAGCAGUGGAGCAUGAGAGGGAGCAAAAAGGUCUCCCGUCAUUGCCACCAUGGGAGCCGGAGCCGCAGGAGGUCGUGCGACCGACCCGGCCUCCGGGUCAGCAGGGCCCGGGCCAGGGCCAGGCUGUGCAUGUUCAGUCGACCACGAUCACGUUGCAGACGCCCGCGCGCCACAUCAUGGCGACCAGUGGCAAUGCCGGGAUUUUCAUACACAACGUAGACUCCUACAUCGGAAAGGCGCUGGUCAAGGAGCUUCGGAAAGCCGAAGGCGGCUUGAACCGCAUCUUUGGAACAGCCUCGAAGGCAGACCAGGCACCUGCAGCAGUAAAGCGAAUCGUCUGUCGAGAUGACCCCAAGAAGGCCAAGAAGAUGGCUGAGACGAUCCAGUCUUGCCGUCUGGUCGUCAUCAGCCUUGCGGACUGCACGCUGGAAGAUCUGCACUUUGCAAUCAAUGCCUUGAAAGUGGAUCCAAAGGCGAAUCCACCGAAAGUCUACGGCGAGCUUGAGAGUGACGUCGUGUUCAUCGCCAUCUCCUCUGCACCCUUAUCUGCAAGACAUCGUCUCUUCGCCACAAGUUGUCUAGCCGAGAAUGUUGGGGACUGCAUUUCAGGCCUCGUACCCGGAAACAUACUGUGCCUAAGUGCCGGCCCGAUUGUGCGGACAGCUGGGGUAGUCUCGCAGAUGGCUUGGCUGGCGUUUGAUGCCUGCCCACGCGACAACUCGGCUCAAGUUCCAAAACAAGGCACAUCGCACCGUGUGCCGGCCAACGGCCAUGGGCCAGUGCCGAAUGGCUUCCGGCCCUGUGCGAAGCCGGAAAAGCCGAUGGCCUUGCCACCCCUUGGGCUUGAGUGGGAGCGCGAAACAUCCGCGGGUCCUCUCGCUGAGCCUCGGGUGCUCGAGUAUCCAGCACAUCAAGUCCAUCCAGCCUUCAACCUGGGCCAUGUGACUCGCAGGUCUACAUGCGCCGGGGCCACUUGUGUUCAUGGUCAGGCGGUUUUUGCCGGCCGGCCGUCAAAGAUGCACGACCUCGGUAGGUCUGGCGCGGUGAAUUCGCCCAGUUCCUUCGACCAUAGCCUGGAAUAUCUUGCAGCUGGUGGUUUAGCGACAGCCGGCGUCCUCGCAGCUCGAAAGGCCUCGGGAAGCCAAUCCGAUGGGUGGAUACGCCGGCUAGCCUCACCUGGGACAUUGUGUAUAAUCAUCCUGGUCUUCCAGAAAUGCUCUGCGGAUGCGCUGACCUGGUGGACGAAGGCGCGAUGCAGCUUGUCCUACUCCGGGGCAAACGUUACAUUGCUGAGCGAGAUCUUCAAGUUCCCGUUGCUUCUCGUAGCCAUCGGCUACAUCAAGUCACCGCAGCAAAUAGUACCGACCAUCAGGACGGCCUUCACCCGAAAGCCAUUCUCCAUGUGGUGGGUUGGCCUGCUAUACGCAGCGCAGAACCUCCUCUACUUCGUGUGCCUUCAAUAUUGUUCUGCUGCCACAUACCAGGUAUUGAGUCAGAGCAAGCUCAUCUUCACUGCGGGUUUCAUGUCGCAGAUGCUUGGAAAGAGCUUCUCCAGCAUGCAGAUCGUCGCCUUGGGCCUGCUGCUCCUAGGAACACUUUUUACGCAGUUGGCCGAAGUCUCCGGCCCUGCGGUUUUGAGCGGAUCAGCUCCGUGGUUGGGCGCCGGCUUGACGGUGCUCUCAGCCCUGCUCUCCGCGCUGCCCAAUGUCUUCUACGAGCGUCUCCUCAAGGAAGACAAGGACGAGUGGGUCACAAACCUGCAGCUUACCACCUGGAUUUGCUUGUGGGUCAUCCUUAUCAAAGUGGCGGGGAUGAUCGUGCUGGGCACUGGCCCCGGACUUCCCUCGCUGGCCGAAGCUACAGUGGGCUUUAACGCCUUCGUUUGGGUGAUCGUGGCCUUAAAGACCUUGAACUGCAUCAUCAUCCCAUCGUGCCUGAAAUAUGCGGACAACAUACUCUACGGCUACGCCAAGCCCAUCUCAAUUGUGCUGACAUGCGCAGCGACGUCGGUGGCAACAGGCCAAUCGCCUUCGCUGACGAUGGUGGCAAUGGUAUGGUCUGGCACGAAGCCUGAGGUGGCCGGAGCACCCCUGAAGGACUCUGACUACCUGCGGCGUCAACCAGCCGAGGGCUCUCAGUAUGAACAGUGGAAAGAGAUGGAGGAUCUCGUUUUCAGCUGUUUCAACCGCGAGGGCUCGCAGGUAAAAGGCUUCGUUGUCGCCGGCGGAGUCUUGUAUGGCGAGGGCGAAUCCAUCUUCGUAGAGAUGUUCAAGGAUGCAUGGCGGGGCGUCCAGUCCCAUGUCGUGGUGACUCCGGGCAUCAAUAAGGUGCCCACUGUCCACGUGCGGGACAUGGCGCGGGUCGUCCGACAAGUAAUUACGAAUGCGGAGGGAAUCAACCCCUUGGAAGCAACUCCGUACUUCCUUGCCGUUGAUCAGCCGCCAGCAGCAAAAGAGGGCCAAGCACCAAUGCCGGCUUCGCAAAAAGACAUUGUCCAAGCCAUUGUGGACGAAAUGGGCGAGCAUUACGACGUGCCACGGGUGUCCAAGGCCAGCGUCGCCGAGGGUGGGAUGACGGAGCUACAGGACGCCAUGGCCUUGGACCUUUGGCUCGAGCCUUCGGCCAUUGCCCUCGCAGAGGACUUCUGUGCCAGCCUGGAGCCGCCCGGGUGGAUUUGCAAGAAUGGUCUGCUCGCAAACCUCCGGACAAUAGCCGAUGAGUUCUGCAACGGCCAGAAGCUGCGGGCCAUGCGGAUCCUGGUUGCUGGGCCGCCGAAUUCGGGAAAGACGAAUCUAGCCCAGGCCGUGGCGGAUCACUUCAAGGUGCCGCACCUUUCUUUGCCCGAAGAGUUGGGCAGCACGGAUCUGGACAAAACGAUUGCGCAGAUCUCCUCCAGCGUGUGCCAUUUCCGGGGAUAUGUCCUCGAUGCAGGGGGCAUCGGUUUCGCAGAGGCGGAGAAGCUGUUCCGGUACGACGUAGAGGUGCCGAAGACAGAGGAGGAGCAGGAGGCGGAGCCAGAGGGCGGAGAGCCCACGCCGCCAAAGAUUGAGCGCAGGCUCAACGAGGAGACGUGCCCUGCCAUGGUGAUCAUCACGCAGGCACCGGCCGCUACCUGCAAGGCUCGAUGGCAGCGCAGCGGUGCUUCUCUCGAGGCUUUCGAGAAGUCCAUGCAGGCCUACGUCAACAACAACCUCACGCAGGAUGUGCACAGCCUGCAAGACUUCUUCCAGGAUGUCGCAAGCAAAGGCGUGCUCAAUCUUCCCAUUGACGGCAAGGACGAGGAGGACAUCUUCGAAAGUGCCCGGAUAUACAUCGAGCGAAAUGGGCGGCCGUAUAAUUACUUGACUCCCGAAGAAGAGGUCUCGCGCCAGAUUCGUGAGCGGCGGGCAGAGAAAGCCAAAGCAGCUGCUGAGGCUGCAGAGUCCAUGAAGCAGAAGGAUGACAGCAGUGCAGAGAAGAGGGAGGAGCAAAGGCAUGCAGCCCGCCUCCGCAUCGUCGCAAACCAUGAGGCUGCGCAGCAGAAGCUUCGGGAUCUGCCCCUGCGUGAGUACCUUAUGCAGUACAUGGUGCCCAAUCUCACGGAAGGCCUCGUCGAGGUCUGUAAGGUGUUGCCAGAUGAUCCUGUGGAUUACCUGGCGAACUACCUCGAGGAGCAUGCCGCUGACCUGGCUGCUCCGAAGCGAUGA